AUGAAGAUAUACUCGGUCAUCGGUAACAAAAAGAAAGUGACAAUGGAGACGAAUAUAUCGCGUCUAAAAGUGGUCGGUAACAAUUGCAUAAUUCGAGUGCAGAACAACCAAGGUGAUAUAGAAGUGAUCGGCAACGACUGCCGAGUGGAGAUCAAAUACAACUACGGGACUGUUAACUUAGUCGGCAACGGAGGGAACAUCAUGAUUGAGACACGACAGAAGGGCGACAACGUGUCAAUAGUGGGACCGAACUGCCAUCUCGUGGUUGGGGGGAAGGAGAAGAGGCUGUCGAACUACGAAGCUCAGCUAUCCCCGUUCAGUAAAGACCUGGACGACGUCAUAGAAUCCAUCUUCACGUUCGUCAUGCGCUGA